AUGGAUAUUUACAUUCUUGUGGAAAAGGGACUUGAACUCACACUGGAUGCCAAUGGGCCCCUCUGCCCUUUAGUCGUCGCAAGCAAAAAAAAUACUUCCCUGCCUAUUUACAUGGGCAGCAAUAAAUCUCCAUUGACGCUGCUAGCGAAGAAAGAGAAGAGGGAGACUUGGUCCAGUCCAGACCGGACAUACCGGCCGGCGCGGCGGAAGGUUAUAUACCGGAAUAACUGCUUAACGCCCCAACAGCAGCUGUUGUUACCACUGCGCAAUGGAAGUUUUUUAACUGUUGCUGGACAUUUUGCUGGGGUUUCCAAAUCAACUGCAUCCAAAACAGUCCGAAGAUUCUUAAAAGUACUAACGACAAAUGAAUACCUAAACGAAAGUGAAAUGAAAUGUUCGAAGAGCCGAGUCGAACCACAACUUUUCGUGGCUUGUCUUGGACCGGUCAUCAUCAUCACGAUGGCCGGUCUGGUGUGCAUGUGUUCGCCGAGGUUCUUCUUUGUCUUGGAACUGGUAUCGGCGGUGAAGAUGAAAACGCCGCACCGCGCCGUGACGUCGCUGAAGAUGCAAAGCGUACAUGAUUACAGGACGGUGUCCAAGAUCUUCCACAAAGAGCUUGUCAGUUUGAACGAAUAA